UGGCCUUCCACCAGGACCAUCGAACGCUAUGGUUUGGUUCUUUGCCUUGUCAUCAAGAACGUCCUUGAGCCGUGAAGCAGGAGGGUACAGCUCGUCUCGAAGUCAGACAUAGUAUCCUACCAAGAAAGAGGCCAGACACGUUCAUGUUCUUCCUCACCCUGCACAGCCAACUAUGAAGAUCGCACUUGGAAAAGCCGAGGACCUUGCCAGCCGUGCCCUGCAGAAGAUUGGAUAUGACGCUGAAGACACCAAAAUUAUCACCCAUCACCUGAUUGAUAGCGAGCUACGAGGCUAUGGGAUUGCUGGACUUGCACGCAUUCUUAGUAUUGCUGACCGGUUGUCCGGGAAGGCUCCUCUGGGCCUGGCUGCGUCAAACCUGACCAAAGACUCACCUACAUCGGCCCUGCUGGAAGGGAAUGAUGUCCUUGGCUACCUGGUAGCCCACAAGGCGACGUCGAUAGCGAUCGAGAAGGCCAAAGCAAGUGGAGUGGCCGCCGUUUCUGCCAACGGCACUUACUAUACCGGGAUGCUCUCAUACUAUGCCGAGAUGGCAGCCGCGGAAGACCUUGUCACUAUCAUUGCAUCGAAUGCCUCACCAUGGGUGGCGCCGGAGGGUACAUACAAAGGCUUGUUAGGUACCAACCCCUUUUGCAUUGGUGUUCCCUCGGAGGGCGUGCCCAUCAUUUACGACAUUGGUACAUCACGGAUCAUCCAUGCUCAAGCUGUUUUGGCAAAGAGGAAAGGAGAACAGCUACCUCCUAACACGGCGUUUGACGAGCACGGCGAGAUGACCACGGACCCAGACAAGGCAUUGAAGGGCGCCCUCGCUGUUUGGGGUGGUGCGAAGGGCACAGGGCUAGCAAUCGCAGUUCAACUACUGGGCAUCAUGGCGGGCUCGCCUGCAAUGCCACCGGACCUGGCAGAUUUUGGAUACUUUGUCAUGGUCAUUGAUCCUUCGAGGUUCAGACAAAUCGAAGACUUCAAGCGCGAGGUGGGGAACUUGAUCACCGCCUUCCAUGAUGCUCCGACCUUGUCAGGAGACACCCUUAGGAUGCCGUUCGAACGAUCGAAUCGUGUCCGCGCGGAGGCGAGGGCCGGUGGGCAGCUGGAGGUCGACGACAUUGUGAUUCAGCGUCUUGAAGAAUUGAUAGCAGCGGCAUAGACAAUGGAUUUCUUGGUCUUCACUCUAUGCUAGUCGUCCCCAGAUCCUGGCCAUCAUUCUCCGAGAACAGCUUGUAUAUGCUCCGACACUCUUGUCCUGCGCAUUUAGGAUGGUUGACCGCCCUUGCGUAGAUGUCCUUGACGACAUCUGCCAUGACGUGCUUCGCGCCAACGUCGUCCAUGAGUUGCACUGCCAUGUCUGUCACGCCUUUUGCCAGUUCGGUCCGAAAG